CUCUUUUAAUUCUUGCCCAAUUACUGAUAGAGUUAUCAGAAAAACAUAAAGCUAGAUUGGUUUAUUGAUAGUUUCAAGGUUGAUUUGUCUGCUUAAAUGGCUGAGAGAUUGUAUCCAGUUAGAGGGAUUUUUGCAGAGAACUGGGAUCUGGACGCGGUGGUCAGAAGUUGCUCUUCCGCCAUUGAUACCACCACGACAUACUCCCGUGAGGCCAGUAAUAUCACCCAUGAAAACGCUACUGUUUCAGAGAAUCCUUUGUCUGUUUUGGCUUCUUUGAAGUUUGAAGAAGAGGAAGAUCCAUUUUCUUUUCCCAAUCUUGUACAGGAGAGGAGCAAUGGUUUUGAAGAAUUGCAAGAUUCUUACAAGUCCUUUUUCUCAAACACUACUACCACCAACGCCACUGGCAAAGAUGACAUUUUUAGCUCUUCAAGUUCUAUUAUUGGAGGAUUGAACAGCCAACAACAACAAGUAGUGAAAACAAGCAUCAAUUCUCCACUGACACCCACCAGCUCUCCUCUUUUUGUUUUCGGAGAGCCCAAAAAUCAACUACCACGACAUGUACAGCAACAAUCACAGCGUCUGCAGCAAGAUUUACAGCAAAAACAACAACACCCACAAAGUCACCCUGGGACCAUUUUGUUACGGCCCAUGCAAUCUCAGCCACCUCGAUCUAGAAAGAGGAAGACCCCGCAAAAGAGAAUGGUAUGUCAUGUCACGGCCGAGAAUCUCUCCGCUGAUUUGUGGGCUUGGCGUAAAUACGGGCAGAAACCCAUCAAAGGCUCCCCAUAUCCAAGAAACUACUACCGGUGCAGUAGUUCAAAAGGGUGUGCAGCAAGAAAACAAGUGGAACGCAGCAACACGGAUCCCAACUUGUUCAUUGUGAGUUAUACAGGCGACCACACGCAUCCUCGUCCGACUCACAGAAACUCACUGGCGGGAAGUACACGAAACAAAUUCUCCAGAACUCAAACUUCCCUCACCAAUAAUAAUAAAGAUGCAACGGCCCAGCCGACCACAACAAGCGGUAACGCUUCAUGCUCCUCUCCUCUCUCGUCCACGAGCCACUCGCCAGCGGCCAUGGAGGAAGUGAAGAAUCAAUCAGAGGGAGCUGACGUGGACAGUGAGAUGGUAGAGGAAGAGGAUGAUGAAGACGAUCUUCUUAUUCCAAACUUAGCAGCCGCUGUGAAUGAAGAUCUAUUCAAAGGGCUUGAAGAGCUCAGUUCUUGUGUUGCUAGUGGUGGUAGUAGUAGAGGAGGAGGAGGAGGAGGAGAGGGGUAAGAGCAUAGCAGCCCAGUUCCCACCGCCGGCUGUGGAGCCUGUCGCCGGAGCUGGGCUUCCAUAUAUAAAAUAUUUUUUCUUAUUUUAAUUUUCUUUUGGUAGAGUACAGAAACGGUAUACUUAAGAUAUUUUUGUACACUUUCCUUUCAAUCCUUUUGUCUAUUAAAGAUUUCGUUAAGAAAAAAUCUGGCUGUUUACUCUCUCAAAGUUAUUACUUAAAAUUUGUGUUAAUAUCUGAUUAAUAUAAGAUCUGUAAUUGCAUCUCAAA